GUCCCGGCCUCGGCCGCUGAUGCCUUCACUGACACUAUAAAAUUUUUAACUAUCCCUUCUUUGAGAUACGCUAUGAUCUGCUUUUAACUGAAUCACAAUACAGUAUAUAAAAUCGAGUCAGUCUUCAGAUUUUGUAUUUUCAAAGUUAAACUCGAACACAUUCACGUUGGGCUUCUCGAAGUCUCUAUCUUGAAAACACCAACAAAGUCUAGAGAACGCAUAAAAGGAACACAGGUAAGCAGGUUUUGUCUUUAUAGAAUGCGAUGUUUGCAUUGUUGUGUUUUCUUUAACAGUGUUUCCAAUGCGGAGCCUCAACGCGCCGCGGGGAAGCCGAAGUUAUCCCCCCGCGUCUUGGUCUUUGAACGCGUCACACGUCAAGCCGGGCGGCGGGGCGUUCAGUAACUUUGCUGAAGCUCGGCCAAAUUUUUCGGCUUUUUCACGGCGGAGGACGACGGAACAACGAGUCCCGAAAAGACGCCGUCGAGGCCGAGCGACGAGAGGGGCGACACGAGGCGAGGCGGCUUCAGCAGGCAUGGGCUGCAGCCACAGCAAGAAGAAAACUAAGAAAGAUGACAAAGACAGCAGCCGACAAGAUGGAGCUAAGCGUGCGCAUUCUGAGCGACGCAGUGGCGGCGUGGCUAAUGCCAACGCGGCGGCGGCGUUGGAGAAGCACCUGGAGCGCUUAGAGUGGCAGCUGAGAAUCCUGAAGGAAGUUCUCUCGGCCAACGGCGGCGCAGAGAGGUCGGAGCUUCUCAAGGAGCACGCCGACGAGGAAGUGUGCACGCUGGUGCUCGCCCUACUCGACAAGGUCAAGACGGAGACCUGCGCUCAGCUCAGUGCCGUUCAUCAACAGCAACGGCAACAAACUGCGCAACAACACCAACAACACUUACUCGAGGUUGAGCGAGCUCAUGAGGAGGUCAAAGUUCAGUUGACGGAGAAAUUUCAGAUCAGUGAGAACCUGUUGAAGGUGGAGGUGAGCCAUUUGAAGGCAGAGCUUGAGCGUUAUAACGACCUAAAGAAGCGUGUCCAAGAGUCCACUUUCAAGAAAGAUCUUCUCAGGAACAUUCAGGCGCAUGGCAGUCCAGGUGCAUUCUGGGAGUCGGAGCAGGAGUCUUUGCUGUUCGUGAUCGAGAUGAAGAGCGAACGCCUCAGGGAACAAAAUAGGAAGUUGCAAGACAUGGAGCAACUGGCGGAAGAGAAGCUGUGCGCCGAGGACCACUUGGUGCAAACGUUGCAGCAGAACGAAGACUUGCGAGUUCGUCUGGACAAAAGUCAAAGCGCCCUGCAGCACACGUGUCGCGAGCGCGAGGAGGCGCGCGCGUCGUUGGAGCGUCAGCGUUUGUUCAACGAGACGUUGACGCGGGAGAAAGAGCAGCUGCUCUUCAAACUCAAUCACCGAGACGCGUGCCCCACCCUCAACAUGGCUGCGGCCGCCGUCGCGCCCUCCUGAUCGGCCUCCUGCGGACGUUGGCCACACUUACAACACCAAGUCCCAUGACACAUUUUUCUUUUUGUUCCCUGGACAAUGUUGAAAGGUUUGAUUUCACAAGUGCAACAGGUGCGCUUAUCUUUUUUUUUUUUUUAAAUUUUCACAGGACACGACAAACAAUUCUAAACUUCAGGACUGCCAGAUGCUGAGUCAUGUGGCCAUGAUGUCACGCACAGCUUGCAGAAAUGCGAGCAUGUUAGCAUGUAGCUUUUUUUGUUUGUUUUUUUAAAUAUAAAUAAAUGGUGAGGUUUGAGUUUACUGACGCAACUGAUGUUGGCAUCUUCACGUGUUCGAAUGCUCCAUGUUGAUGUGGCAUGUUCGCAUGGAGCUCCUUCUAGCUCAUAACAAGUUUGUCAUAUUCAUGUGUCCUUAUGUGCAAAUGCUACUUGUUGACAUGUCACAUUAACAUGUUACCAUGUACCUUUUUCUAGUUAAGAAUAACUUUUUCGCGUGGCCCUGUCCUCAUGUUACAGUGCUACAUGUUGAUGUUACACGUCAACAUGCAUGUGGCUUCCUCCAGUUCAGUGUUACAUUAGCAUGUCCUUAUGUCAGAAUGUGCCUUCUAGUUAAUAUAUGUCAUGUUAGUGAAUUCACACAGGAAAAUGCCAAAUGUCAAUAUCACAUUUUCGUACAUGAGCACAAAAUGAAGAGCAAAUUUGUAGUGUUGGUGUGUCCUUUUGAUCAAAGGCUCCAUAUUGAUGUCAUGCUAGUAUGUAGCUUGUUAACUUAGAAGAAGUUUGUUGUGGUUAGCGUAUUCACUCAUUAAAAUGCAAAAUGUCGACAUCACAUUUUAGCAUGAAGCUUCUUCUGGAAUGAGUUUGUGGUGUUGACGUUUCUUGUCCAAACGUUAAAUGUUAGCGCGUCAUGUUUGCAUAUUAGCAUGUAGUUUUUGUAGUUAAUGAGUUUUUAGUGUUGGCGUGUCACGUUAGCAUAUUAAGCAAUGAGCAUCCAGCUUCAGUUGAAGCUGCUUGUUGAUUCUACUGUUUGUUUUAAAGAACUUCCUGUAAAUCUGUUUUUUUUUUAAAACUUUUUUCAGGUGGUUUGUUUGCCAAAGAUCCAUUUUUGUUGUGAAAAUAAGAAUUGUUGUCACGCAUUUGCACUUUUUUUUACAAGUUUAACUUUAUAAAAACUUUCUGUGAACUGAACUGUCAUCUUGGAUUUUUAUCUUCAUGUUGUGAGCUUUUGCUCCCGUUUUUGUUGCCAUGACUCAAUAAAACGAGACCACAACAAUAUAAACAAUAA